AUGUACUAUUUCCUCUGCAUGCUGGCCAUCACCGACCUGAGCCUGUCUACGUCCAUCCUGCCUAAAAUGCUGAGCAUCUUCUGGUUCAAUUCCAGAGAGAUCGAUUUCAGUGCGUGCCUCAUCCAGAUACAUUCCACCAUCCUGACAAACCGUGUGGUGGUGAGGAUUGGCCUGGCCUUGGUGCUGCGUGGCUGCUUACUCAUACUGCCAUAUCCUUUGUUGGCGAGUCGGUGGCCAUAUUGCAAGACCAACAUCAUCCCCCACACGUACUGCAAGCACAUAUCUGUGGUGAAUCUGGCCUGCACCGACAUCCUCCUCAGUACUAACUACAGCCUCUCUGUGACAGUCUUUGCUCCAGGUAUGGAUGUGUUCUUUAUUGCUGUGUCCUAUAUCCUGAUCCUCAGGGCUAUCUAUAGCCUUCCCACAAAGGAAGCCCGGCUCAAGACUUUUGAGACCUGCAGCUCCCACCUCUGUGCCGUUUUUACCUCUUACAUAACAUUUGUCUUCUCCUUUGUCAUGCACCGGUUUGAUAACACUAUGCCCCUGUAUUUGCUCAUUCUCGUGGCCAACGUGUACCUUCUGGUGCCCUCCAUGCUACACCCCAUCAUCUACGGGAAGUCUUUUUGA